CAAAAACUUACUUAUAUGUACUUCCAAGUUUAAAUUCCGAAUGAAUCUUUUGUUUUGUAUCUCCUAACAUUUGUUAUUGUGUUGUCGUGUGAAUGGUUCGCGGUUGAAUCGAUGCCGUUGACUUGAAGUAUUGUGUGUAACCGUUAUAUUUCAUCAAGUGGUUCAUUGUGCACUUCGGACGGUCCGGUACAGUUGAAGGUGGGCCACCAUACAGGAUGCCGCCGGCGCCCGAGGCAGCGCUGCCUGGCGCCCCCGCACCCUCCCUACCGGCUGCACUGCACACACACUCCAACAAGUUUCCUAUAGAGCGCGAAGUGAUCCUGUCUUCUGGCGACAAGAAUUCGAAGGUGCCUAUCCUGCAGGAGGCGAGGAAGAGAGGUAGACUCGGUGCUGUCGCCCCUGAUACCCCACCUAAAGCCUUGUCGGCUUGGACUCAUGCUGAGAACCAGCAAGCUGGCACAUCUGACGGCUUCAGGCAGUACCACGAGCAGUACGGGUACAUGAACCAAAACCAAGGAGCUGUGGCCAGGAAUAUGCAGAACUACGACUCACCGAAACCUCCCAUACCGGCUAAAACAUACGGCAAAGUUGACACCCCAAACAACUCGCAGCUUAUAACAGUGACGGUUGAAACAGGGAAAGAUAACACAAGAGAUGCACCCAAAAGUGCGAAGUCUGUUAGUAAGACUUACCACACGCUCAAAGACAUGAUCUCAAGCAGGUUUAAGAGUAAAGACGCUAAUGAUGGCGAGAAAAAUAAUGAGCAAGAAGCUAGUUUGAAUAACAGUGAAGAGAGGAAGAGACCUGAAAGACCUGAACCAGAACAGGUGACGCCAAGAGAGAAUGGACAGAGGAAGGUGGAGCAAGGUAUCUACGGGAGGCCAAUGACGCAGUCGAGACCGGAAAUGCAGUACAGCCAUGGCAUAGCAAAUAACAUGGCCUAUCCUAGCCCGUCGCCGCACAGGCAACUGAUGCAGCAGCAGAUGGUGCAAUCCCACAUGAUGAUGAGUCCACAAGCGAGAUCCCAGGAGAUGCUGGCCAGCACACCGCACCGGCAGCCACAGGCCCUUGGAGCUGAUGCCUUGUACCAGCAAUAUGGGCCACCCGGACGAAGAAGCGCCCUCUAUCAAAGGGAUAUAGAUGUCAGGUCGAUGGCGAAUUUCACUUCCUUGAAGACUGGGCCACAGUCUCAGUUCGACAACUCUCACUCAAGACCAGACCUUAGAAGCCCGCAACAGUUAGAAAGAGAAAUAGUGCGCCAAAGAGGCUUUGUGGAAGGCAGACGUGCAACAUCACAUCCUCACCUUCUUGACGAACCACAACACAGACCUGAAGUAACAACACCACAGAUACACGAUCCUGGGAGACGGAACUCACAUGGCAAUCUUCUUGAUCAUACACCAAAUGAGCAUCCGAGGAAUUGUGAGGAACGUGAAUCUGAUGAUGGUGGGUUCAGAGCAAGACUUGCAGCACAAGGCAGGUCUAGCUACGAGGAGCGUAUCCGAACAAGUGGCCGCUCGGUAGAAUCUCAGCGACAGGAGAGAAUGCAGGAAAACGUGUACAGAAGAACACCGGACAGCCACAAAGAGCGCAGAACUCCAGACAGUCACAAAGAACGUAGAACCCCAGAUAGCCAUAAAGAACGAAGAACACCAGACAUACACAAGGAGCGCAGAACUCCAGAUUCAAUAGGACAUAAGAAAGAAGAGCCCUCGACGUCACAAGAGAGGAAUGAUGAGAGUGCUAGUCAGAAGUCAGCUGAUAGUGUUUAUAAUUCAAGCGGGAAGACUGAAGCUUAUAAUCCACAGCCUUCUUCUUCUAGACAGACUCCGAAUAGAAUAGAAGAUCUCAAGGCACACGGAAAGAAAGGAGCCGGGUCGGGAGCUAGUUCAGACUACGACAAGAACGGUGGUCAGUCUUCGAACGUGGACUCUGGGCGGGGCAGCGUGGCGUACUCGAGUGGCCGGCGACCGGAGCCCCUGCAUGACACUUCAGCUGACUCCGAUGCGCUUGGUACUAGGCAGCCACAGCCUGGGACUAGCCAGCAGCCGCAGGGACAAAGUGCAGAAAACGACUGGGUGGAGUGCGAGCUACGCCACAUCUUGGAGCCGAAGCUGGCCAGCAUGCGCCUGGACUCGUCAGCCACGUCUGACACAUCCGUCACUCCGCCGCUACCGCCGCUUUCACCGUCCUCAGAUAUGCACAAGAGGAAUAGUUUACCGGGUCGGUCGGCAGAGUACCCGGAAGAACGUCGGCGAGGUCGCGAGUCUCCGAGAUGGCAUUCACAUAAGAAGCACUCAUCCAAACGAGAUCAUCAUUAUAAGAAACAUUUAUUCGGACUGGACACAACCGACAUGACAUCCACAACGACCAGAAGCUUAGACCUCUCCUCACUGCUGGAAGGCAGGUCGGACAGCUCAUCGUCAGGAGACGCACGCGCCAUCCGCCGGCAGCUUCGAGGAUUGGAGAAUAUGUAUGCUGAAGUGCUGCAGCUGUUGGGAGUCAGGAAGCCUGCUAGCUUGGCUAAACAGCCCACUUGGGAGUCUAGGCUAUCAUCAAAGCGUCGUUACGGCAGCAUGUCCUCGCUGCCGUCCAGCUCCGUCAGCAGUCGCCCCGUCAGAGACAAGAGACGAAGUUCCAACGAGCAUCGGAAGAAACAUGACCUGAAGGGUAUAAACAAGCGGUUCCAACGUCUGGAGUCGCACGUGGUGACACUUGCAAGGUCGGUGGCGCACCUCUCCAGCGAGAUGAGGACGCAGCACCUCGUCAUGCAGGAGAUGGACAACAUCAGGGCGGAGAUAGCCGCGCUCAGGCAUAUGUACAAAUCGCAGCAAUACAUUCGCUCGGGCAGCCACGGCCGGCACUUGGACCCGUACUCGUUCAGCAACCCCGACCGCGUCAAGCGACUCACCAAGUUCUUCGGAGACGAGCCGCCCCUCAUGAGGCUGUUCCUCAAGAAACUUGGAUAUGAGAAAUAUGCAGCACUACUAGAAAAAGAGAAAGUUGGUGCUGCAGAACUGCCUUACGUUGGAGAAGAUAAGCUUCGAGCCCUGGGAGUUCCCCUAGGCCCCAGGAUGAGGAUACUGAAGGAAGCAGGCAUUCAUCAGGAACUCCACCAUAUGUCCCGAGACGACCAACAUAACACAACCACCACUCUAGCUAUCGUUUAACAUAAAACUUUAUGUCAUCGUUUUAAGAACUAUUUUUGCGUGAAGACUGAAUAUAAGGAGUAGCUCAAUAAGGCAUGUUUGUUUAGUUCAAGUAUUAUUUCAGAAGUAAUAUAUUUAGGAAUACUGUUUAUAAUGAAGCUGGUUUCUUUCUAUAUGUCUUGAUAAACAAUAAUUACCUAUACCUAACUAAAACUGUUUUGCGAAAUGGUAAUGUAUUAUGCCUAAUGGAAUUUACACAUUAGUCUUUAGCAGGAGAUAAACAUCAUGACAUUUCAAACUUUUAGACUUAUUAUUUACGGGUAAUUUCUUUUAUAAAUGUUAUAAUAAAAUAUGUAAAAUACUCAAGGCAACGAAUGCUGAAAUGGAUCUUUGGUUUAGCUUUAAAAUAAGGGCUUUAAUGCUCAGAAAUUAUAACAAAUACCUAUAUUCAGCAAUGCUCAUUACCUAUCAUCGAAGGAAGUUUCUGUCCUAUCAUCAUCGUUCUGCCCUUAUCCCAAUUUUAUUUGGGGUCAAAGCAGCAUGUUUUUUAAUUCCAUACUCUUCUAUCUAUCGUCAUCUCACAGGUUCACAUUCUUUCUAACCCUUUCGACUUUUACAAUCCAUCCAUCGUUGCUUUGGUCACCUCUUCCACUAUAUCCGUGCAUGUCUAAAACCUUCCUCCACUCAGCUUUUCUGUUACCGGUACCACUUUCAAACUUCCUCUUAUAUACUCAUUCCUUACUCUGUCCAUUCGAGUAACACCACACAUUCCUCAACCUCAACUAAAAACUAAGCAAUUGCUAAUCAAAAUAGGAUGUAGGUAAAUCAUAUCUCUGGUAUUUUUCUGUUACAAAAAUGAUUGCUUCAGAAGGAAACACUGGAUCCAAAAUUUCGUCAUGUUUUUUUAAAAUGUCAUCUAUCUAAGUAUCGCAUUUCACAAGUUGGAUAAAUAAAAACAAAAAUUAUGUAACAGGGAAUCAAAAUAAACUUUGUCGUCAAGUAGAUAAUGUCUUAGAGUACCGUACACUGCCGACUUUACAGUCGGGCCAGUUGAUCCAAUCGUGGGCAAUUUUUUUUUAAGAUCUACAUUCCAAUCUUAGUUAUGAGUCGGUCUGAUACCGGCUUCUAUUUUAUAAAUUCACAGUCUGCCUUUAAUUUCAUGACAUUUAACUCCAAAGCUAUGAAAACGACUCAACUGACAUUGUAUAUUUGUGUCUAAAGUCCAUUCCACGAAAGAAGUCCCGCGGAAAAUUGUGGAACUAGAUAUAUAUUUUAGUACGUAGUUACUGAGCUAUCGCAUAGACACUAAGCGCUGCGUCUGCCGGACUUCUUUCCUGUAAGGGACUUUAUCAACGGCCAUUCCCAAUACCCUAUGUUUCUAGUAAACAAAUUAAUAUUGGGAACAGUCAUAAGUAAUUUAAUUAUAUUACAUUUUACUGAGAUUUGUACCUUUAAUUACGUUAAAUAAUCAUGCACUCAGAAAUUAUAUGCCAAAGAGUUUACUCGGCGUAUGUAUAAAUAGUAUAAACUUGUAAAUAUUAGCUUGUAAAUAGAAAUAAAUUAAGGUUUAAAUAAUGAUUUAACGUGUAAGCUUACGUAGACAACGAAAUUGAACAACGUAAUCAAUUAUUGUAUUUUUUAUUCCCUUUACAUAUUUUAAGGGAUGUUUAUGUAAAUAAAUAUUUUUUUACUAUAA